AUGAACCAAGAAGAUGAGAAAGACGGUGCAGAAAUGGAGAGAGAGGUGAACUCAGAGGGUUUUGUCCAAUCCACUUUUGAAGAAGCCAGGAAUAGCAAGAAGAAUGUAGGCAACGCAGCAACCAAGAAACGGGUGAGUGAGAGUGGAGUGCUUCAUCCAAUCCACUCCCUAAAAUAGGUAUAUAAUAUCCGUUCAUGGCCUAGGACCCUCGUACCUAUGGGACCGCCUCUCCCGGUAUGCCCCACGGAGAGCCUCAAGGUCCAUAAAUAGCAACACCCUAGUGGUCCCAGACCCUAAGGAAGUUAGAUUAGCUUCAACCAGAGUCAGGGCCUUUUCAACACUGGCUCCAGCCUGGUGGAACGCUCUGCCUCAUGAGACCAGGGGCCUGCAGGAUCUGAUUUCUUUCUGCAGGGUCUAUAAGACAGAGUUGUUCCGCCUGGCCUUUGGCUUGGAGCCAAUUUGAUUCCCUCCCCUCUUUCUUUUUUCUUUUCCUUUCUCCUCCUGCGAUGAGGCUACAUUUUAAUAUUUUAAUGUUUCAAUAUUUUAAUGUUGUAUUUUAAUUUUGUUUUUAUGUUGUAUUCAUUCAACUUAUUUUUAUUAUUGCUUGUUCGCUGCCCUGAGCCCGGCCUUUGCUUGGGAGGGCGGGGUAUAAAUAAAAAUUAUUAUUAUUAUUAUUAUUAUUAUUAUUAUUAUUAAAAAACCAUGAAUAAAAAGGAGGAUACAACUGAUCCAUCAGUCACUAAAGGAGCAAUCCUAUGCACAACGAGCAAGUUGAUUUAAGUUAAGCCAGCAUAAAUUUACACCAGAACCAAACUCCAUUAAUCAGUAGGGCUAGUGCUGCUCUGCUUAAGCCUGGCAGAGGUAAAACAAAACUUUAAAAUAGUGUUCUAUGCUGUGUUCCCAGGUCACAUGACCAAGCUUAACAUGCUUAAGAUCAAACCAAAAUCCAUUCUGAUUCCACCUCCCCCACACUCCCAGAAUACCAUUUUUGAGGACUUACUCCAGCAUCAGUUCAGCCAGCUACAGUUCAACACACAGUCAUAUGCCUAUGACAGUUGAACACUGACAGGGGGUUGGACAAGAUUAUCUUCAAGAUCCCUUCCAAUUCUAUCCUUCUAUGUAGGUGGUUUUGAUUACCAGUUGAGCAUUUUUAAUGUAGAAUGGUAGCUUCAGCCGCAUGGACUCCAUAUAUCUAUUCCAAAGAGUAGGCACCUCUGGGCAUUAGGUCAACUCCUCUGUCAUAGAAAGUGAUAGAUCUUCAAGAUAGGGGUGUAGCUUGAAUUAAUCACAAUAAAAGAUACCAUCUGAUAUCUGUAUUUCAUAGAUAACAUACCUAUUAAGGGUGUGGUGCUUAGCAAUAAAGGACUACUGAUAAUUGAAAAUAAGCAGGACUCAGUUUAGCAUUGUGGUGAAAUAGAACUAGUCCAUUAAAAGUAAAGGAAAGGAAAAGGUUUGGUAUAUAAUAUUGCCUUCUCCCACUCCCAUAGGUACCUACCUGCUCCUUGCUAUGCUAACUGGCCCUUUAGAGGCAAGUGAUGAGAGAAAGGGCUUUUUAAAAGGUGGAGCCCCCUUCAUGAAAUGUUCUCCCUAGAGAAAGUCUCCAGGCAGUGUCUACAUUAUGGCUGUUUGUGUUGUUUAGAUUUAAUAUUUUUCUUUGUUUCUAAUUUUGUAGCAGUUUGAAUUUUAAUGAGGUUGGAAACCACCCAGAGAACUCAGCUAACACUUGGUACAAAAAAAUGCAUUUAUGAAGCAAUGUCCAGGUGUCAGACCUAUAUAUUUUUUCUGUCUUUCCAUUUAGGAUCUUAUUAGUGGUAAGUGUACUUAAUUAAUGUGCAGUCUCAUCCCAGUAUUUGCUGCUCCUUCCUGUAGGAGCUGUCCAUGGUGCUGAUUAUGGUAACGGUUGCUUCCUGUCUCAUACCUGUGCAGCAUGGCUACAAUCUGUGGGUACUCUACAACACUGUUGGGGUAAGAUGGCGCAACAGCAAAGAUGGCUUCAAAAAGCAAAGGCUUUUGGCCCUUCAAAAAGCAAGGGUCUCAGUCCAAUAUACUAGAAGGAGCAUCUCCACCCCCAUUGUUCAGCCCAGACACUGAGGUCCAGUUCCAAGGUCCUUCUGGUGGUUCCCUCAUUGCAAGAAGUGAAGCUGCAGGGAACCAGGCAAAGGGCCUUCUUGGCAGUGGCACCUUCCCUGUGGAAUACCCUCCAGUCAGAUGUCAAGGAAAUAAAGAACUACACAACUUUUAGAAUACAUCUAAAGGCACCCUGUAUCAGGAAGUUUUUAAUGUUUAACUUUUAUUAUGUUUUUAUAUGUGCUGGACGCUGCUCAGAGUUGCUGGGGAAACCAGAUAGGCAGGGUAUAAAUAAUAAAACCAUUAUUGUUAUUAUUGUUGGAGAUAGGCCAUGUAACUCAUUGUAUGCACUGACUGGCCAUGGCCCUCCUGGAUUUUAGCUAAGUCCCAAGCUCUCCAGGUUUUUUGCCAUGUGAUCUGUGGUGAGGUUCUAAUCAUUAUGUGCUUAUGUCCUAGCUCCUGCCUAGCUUCUAUAACAUAACAAGACCUGAAGAAGCAGAUUUUCAGAUUACCCUUCUGUCUAUCACCGUGACUAUGUUUCCACUCGGAGCCUCCUUUGCAACCAUUCCUGCUGGUUGGUUGUUAGAUAGAUUUGGCAGGUAUAGAGAUAAACUUGAGACUUGUGAUCUACAUGUCCUAGUAUGGCAGGGUGUGGUGAUGGGAGAAUGUUGCUGACUACAGCCCCUCUAACCCCGGUUAACAUCUUAUAAAGCUACAAUAACAUUAUCAUUCCUCUUGUUCAUUCAAGCAAUAGGGUGGGGUUUCAGAGAUAGAAAAAUGCACACGUAUUUGUCAGAUGACAUUUAACAAUUGUUAGACAUUUCAUGGAGGGAUAUGUAGCAGUCAGAAACACAAUAGGAUCUAGUUAGGGCCCUGGAGACCUAAUGGUAGCUAAUGAAGCUUUGUUUUUAGGAGGUGGGUAAAUGCCUACUGAAUUCAAGAUCAUCCUUUCAAUGUGGUUUCGUUCAAUUAUGUACCUAGGGCAGGCACCUAAAGAUUUUUCCAGGUCAGUAGUAGAGCACAUGCCUCCAUUAAAAAGAUCCCAGAAUCUCAACUAACAAAACUUGCCUAGCAUAGUGACAAAUAUUAGUUUUCUAGCCCUUGUGGAAAUUCAGUGUGUCCUGCAAUCUUUGAGAUAUCUGAUUUGGUAGUAGGAGUUUUGGUGCCUCGUGUAGUUCUUUCUCCCUUCUGCAAACUAUGACAACCAAAAGCAAUUGUCCCAAAAAACCCCAAAACCAAAACAACAACAACAACCCUGAGGACUCCCUUGCAGUUCCAUAGUACCUCCCCUCCUUUGCUCUUUAGAUGGUACGAUAUAUUCCCUACCUUACUGCUCCAUUUCACUAUCUUUUCAGGAAAGUUGCACUGUUCAUAACUAACCUUUCAGCAAUUAUAUUUGCUGUUGUGAUGACAUUCUCACUUUCAAUACAUAAUCACGGAUACAUCAUCUUUUCACGUCUCUGCUCUGGAAUAAGCACAGGUGAGUCAGGGUCCUGGAUUUAGUGCCUUAUAUUUUAAAAAAGUUAAGGACACCUGGUCAGAAGUCAGCUUGCAAUUUGUGCCAUUAAGCUGAUUAGAUCAGGAACACUGAAAUUUGGCACCUGGAAAAGAGCAGGAGAAUAGGUCCUUGCACCCUCUGUGCUGUUGUGGGUGAGAAAGAUCUUUUCAUGAAGCAGUUUUCCCGGGAUCUAUGACUGCCUGUAUCACUGCUGCAGGAUCCAUUAGACAGCCCCCUACUUUCACAUGCACAGUUUAUUUCUGGCCAUUGUGCCCCCCUCCUGGUUUGCUGCUUCAGUGCCCCAGUUGGUUUCUCCUCAGCAACAAUUCCUUUUACAUCCCAUUCAUUUAGCCCACUAUGAUAAUUUUUCUCCUUCUCAGCAAGUCCUUUUACAGCAAUAUGCUCUCAACUUGGCUACAGCAGGUUAAGGAGGCAACUUCACCAGAUUUUGCCACAGAGUUUUACAAGGGUACUCAGGUGCCUAUGCCUUCAAUCACUGAGCAGCCUGUAUCUGCCCUCUUCGAUUGAUUGCCCCACUUUCCAGAUAUGGGAAUAUACAAUGAAAGAUGCCAAUCAGUGUCAAUCUGACUCUGCUCUCAAAUGUGUACAUGAAGCUUCUAAAAGUAAAGGUAAAGGUACCCCUGCCCGUUCAGGCCAAUCUUGCCAGACUCUAGGGUUGUGCGCUCAUCUCACUCUAUAGGCCGGGAGCCAGCGCUGUCCGCAGACACUUCCGGGUCACGUGGCAAGCGUGACAAGCUGCAUCUGGCGAGCCAGCGCAGCACACGGAAUGCCGUUUACCUUCCCGCUGGUAAGCGGUCCCUAUUUAUCUACUUGCACCCGGAGGUGCUUUCGAACUGCUAGGUUGGCAGGCGCUGGGACCGAAUGGCGGGAGCGCACCCCGCCGCAGGGAUUCGAACCGCCGACCAUGUGAUCGGCAACUCCUAGGCGCUGAGGUUUUACCCACAGCGCCACCCGCGUCCCGUCUACAUGAAGCUUCUACAUUAGCUAUUAGAGCCUCAGUCUCCACCUCUGUUUUUUCCAAGGCAAUACUAUUUUCAAUUGAAGAUGUUCUAGGCUAUCCAACUCAGGACCCUGACAGAAUCCAGAAACCACUUCUAAAACCUUCCCAUGUCCUUGCAUUAAUCUCUGACUCACCUGUGGACUUUGCCCAGUCCUCCUCUCAUGCAAUGGCUGCUGGAAUGGUCACAAGGAGACACCUCUGGCUAACUGACAGGGAGGUGGAUGCUUCCUUGUGUACAGGUUUAACCUCUAUGACCUUUGUAGGCACUAAACCUUUUGGAGAUGUUGCCCUGCAGCAAAUCCUAGCUGAAACCAAAGAUAAGAAGUUGAUGCCUUCUCAAUGAAGAGAUGAUUACCAUUAUUCCAAGUAUCCCUUUUUGCCCUUUAAUUCCUUCCAAGAGUCACUCCCAUGGGUGCAAAGGGACCUUCCCCAAUUUCCUCCCACUAUGUGCAACACACAGCAUUCCCAAAUCUAUUCUGGAGGAUUGAAAAAAACUAUAGGAAAAUAUUUGCAGGGGCAUCUGUUGACAUUUCUAUUCCACCUUAAGGAGCAGACAUGUGGAACUGUUGCGUGCCACAUGUCUGUUUACAUUCCAGCACAGUAUGCUGGGAACUUCCAUUGUGUAUAGCUUUUGCUUUUCCCGUUCUCUCUGAGAUGACAUGAGAGAGAGAGAUGACAUGUUUCUUUGUCCUGAUUUAUGAUUAAUAAAUCUGUAGUUGUAGUAUGCUUCCACAAGCCUCAUGCCUGUUCUGUUUGCACAGUUCUCUCUGCUGAUAGCGUGCCCUGGCUUUGAAGCCCAGGUUGCUGAUUUACGUCGGAGCAUGGGCCCAUGGAAGGAGACAUCCGAGCUGCGGCUUGCCAGCUGGCCUCCCAUUCCUUGAAUACAAGCCUUAAUAAAUAAAUCAUGUCACAUGCAUGUUGUGUAUUACCAUUUGAAUUUCUAUCUUACCAGGAAUAUGCUUCUGUGUUGGCCCUGUCUAUCUUGGCGAGAUCUCCCCUAGAAGCCUGAGGGGAGGCAUUAUCAUGAUGUACCAACUGUUUUAUUUGUUUGGUUUCCUCGUGGCUCAGAUACUUUGUCUUCAAGAAGUCUUGGGGACGGGAAAAGGUAAUUCAGUGAUAUUAAUUCUUUUCCUUAUAGUAUAGCGGAGGGGAGUGCUGCCCAGGAUUUUGUGGAAACCAGUUUUGUAGAUAACACUUUCCAUUUAAAAACCACAAUGGUUUUUGAAUGUGCUUGCUUUUAAAAUAAGUAAGUGAGUAAGUAAGUGUCGGGAAUCAAGCCUUUAUCAGGAGAAACUGGCCACUCUCCAGGCACCAGGCUUGAUCUCCUGUUGACCUCCCUGUCUGCAUUCCCCAGCAGGAUCCAGGCAGAGGUCACGAUAGGCGAUCCUUCUCAGAGUGAGAAGAACACCCCCCCUCUUUCCUGCCCCCCCCAGGCAGGGGAAAGAGAUAGACAGAAACGUAUUUACAUUCCUUUAUUUCUGUCUUUGCAGCGUUACAAAAAUCAUGACUGCUCUCUUCAAGCUCCAGGAUGUUGUUAGAAUAAGUGUCACGCUUUUAACAUGUGGGAGGAAAAGGUGCCGGUACUGCAACAUUAAUUUCCCCAAAAUUAGUAAAGACUUUUUGGCCUGCCAUCUUAGUUCAAAAUGACAUCUGGCAUCCACAUGUUGACUAAGGUCCCCCAACGUUGAAACCCUCAUGCUGAGUUUGCUGAUUAUGUCUUGAAAGGCGUCCAAACCCAUAGAGAACAGAAUGACCAACCAACCAACAAGACCCUUUCUCAAACAUAUGGUAGAUAGCAUCAGAUGGAGCACUGCUGUUUCUUCACCUUAUCUUCGUACUAUCUUCUUCUACAGGCUUCCCAAUUUUGAUAAAACUUUUUGGUGUUAUGCCAUUUCUUCAGUUGCCUCUAUUGCCCUUCUUACCUGAAAGCCCUCGGUACCUACUCAUUCAGAAGAGGGAUGAAGAGAGCUCAAGGAAAGGUACGAUAUGUUGAAUUGCACUGGGACCUCUAAGUGUGAGCACCCUACAUAGCUGUGCAAUGUCACCCACUAUUGGCUUGUCACAUAAGGUCUCGCCAUUCUAGCAUCCUUGUUAUUCCUACGCGGUCAGUCAUAAGAGCCCACUAACAUCCAUUUCAGAAGAACUACAUAUGAGAAGUAUGAAAAACAUGUUAUGUAAAUGUUCAUUUGUUGUAUACAUAAAUUUAUUUAUUGCAUUUAUAUACUUAGUACCUUUCUGUCAGGGCACCCAAGGCAGUUUCCAGUGUUUAAACACCGAAGCAAAUAAAUGGUAUAAAAUGUAGAAUUGGGCCAGGGUGGUGGAAAGAAAGACAGUCUCUCUGGAGCCAGCCAUGUUGUUGUUGUUGUUGUUGUUGUUGUUGUUGUUGUUGUUGUUGUUUUAGUAGUAGUAGUAGUAGUAGUAGUAGUAGUAUUUAUACCCCACCCAUUUGGCUGGGUUGCCCAAGCUACUCUGGGCAACUUCCAACACAAAUAAAAACACAAUAAAACAUCAAACAUUAAUAGUAACAAUCUGAUCCAAUAUUAAAAGUCAUAAUAACUUUAAAAUAAACAACUUAUAUCAAACAAAGCAGUGUUCAACAAUCCAUCAGAAUCUAAUAGUAAUCAGUAAAAUUAAACAUCAACAAAUAAUAAUUAAACCGUUUAGACCACAAUGAAGAAUUAUCAAUCAAUAAAUGGUUGCACUUUUCUUCCUUCUCACAGUGAUAUGUGUGGCCAUCAUAUAUUUAGGGCAGUACAACUGGUUCUGCUGCACUGGGUGCCGAGCCAGUGGGGGAACUUCACUUUCUACAUCUCUCCAUUGGGAGUCCAUUGAUCCCUACUUUCUGCUACUGUUUCUUAACCAGUUUCUGGUCCAGAAGAGGACCUAUUCUCUUUAUCUCACAGCUGUGAUGCUUAUUCAGGAUUCUUAGGUGCAGUGCUUUGCCAAAAGCUUUUCAAAAGUUCACAGUGCCAACUGAUCACCUCUGUAAGUUUGUUGACAUUGUAAAACAACUCUAAAAGGUGAGACAGGACUUACCCCUUGCAGAAACCGUGUUGCUUCUGCUUCAGCAAAACUUGUUCUUCUACGUGCUUGAUAAUUUUAUAUUUAAUGUUUCUUUCCAGUCUUCUAUGAACAGGUGUUAAGAUAACCAUAAUGAUAAGCAUUUGGACUGAUCAAUCAUGGAUCUACUUAUGUUGUUAUGUUAAUAUAAAUGAAUGUAACACUUUUCAAAUCUGGUUCCUUUUCACAUUCCAACAACAUGGAGAGCAAGAUAAAAUUUCUGCAAGAAAUGGGGCCUUUAGAGUGAUGGCCCGAAUGCUUUGGAAUUUGUAGGACUUUAUAAAGGCACUUUAUACCCACAUAGUCAUCAAGGCAGUAUUAGCCUGGGUUUUAAGUUUUGUAUGAGGAUUUCCACUACUCAGUCAUGAAGGAAUCCUCAGCUGACAAAACUUUUUGGCCACAAUGACAAAUCCUCAAGGUAACUAGAGAUUUCAUCAUUUUUGUUGACCUAGCAAGAGGGCAAGGACUCCAGAGCAGUCAAGCCUCCCUCAUGUUGAUCCACAAAUCCCAUGUUUCCAAGUAAAGGAAAUAAUAUAUUUGAUGAUAACAUGCACUAUGACCAAUGCCCCUCCUCAGCACUGUCUACCAGGCAUUCCAGAUGUUGUCUUCUGCAGCCUUUGCACUGGGUGGGCAAAUCAUUAGCUAUCUUUGUUGCCUAACAAUUUAAUUGUAUUCGGAUUAUGAAUGUGUUUAUUCAGCAAAAAACAUAUCAGUUCAUGAAGGAAUGGACCACUUCUAAGGGAUAUAUUUCCUGUCCCUUGGAGUGAUGACCUCUUUCCCCCAUAAUUUUCUAUCAUUCUUACUUUUUUUAGUAAUAUGCUCCUCAUAUUCUGUUUAUGCCUCCCUGCCUUUCUUUUGCUAAAGCUUCUGCUCUGCUUUUGUUUUUCUUAUUUGGACAUGACUUCUAUUUUCCAAAACAAACUUUUUUUUCUUUUUCUUUUACCUUGAAAUGCUUCCUUUAUUGUAUUCAUUCACGACAGAGGCAUCCACUUGACCUUGGUGGUAUAUUUACUGCUCUGCAGUGAGCAUUCUGACUUCUGUAUUUAUGGCAUUCAAUGGCUCCCAAGCAUUCUGGAAAGAUUUCACCCUCUUGACUUCCUUCAUCCAACUUUUCCUUUGUUACCAGCCUCUUCCUUUUUUCUUCUUCUUCUAGAAAGUACCUCUAUUGAAGUCUGAUCCUCUCUGCCUCUAUUCUUAACAUAGCACUGAAGAAACUAAGGAACAGAAAUGAUGUGGAGGAUGAGAUUGAAGAGCUCCAUCAGGAGGACGUUGUUGAAAAGUCAGAAAAGAACAUGAAACCUCUUAAACUGCUAUAUGCCAAAAAACUGCGAAGGCAAGUCAUUGCCAUAAUUGUCUUGAUGGUUGGACAACAGUUCGAUGGCGUCAGUGUGGUAAGGAAGGUUGAGCUAGGCAAAAUGAAGGCCCCUGUUGUACAUACAAUUUAGAGGCUGUCAUACGAGCUACCACUGUUUGUCUCUAUGGAUGGCUGCAUUCUUUGCCCCUGUUCUGUUUUUCAGAUGCUUCUCCAAGUGUUAGAAAUAUCAAACUCUAUAACACAAGGAGAGGGAAACUGUAGGCUUGUGGGUAUUGUUGGGACUCCAGCUCUCAUUGGCGAAGUUCUUGUCCAAAAACACAUGGUGGGUUGCAGAUUUCCCACUGCUGCCCAAGUAAAUGGUCUUGCUCUACAGGAAAGAUGGCAUUGCUUAGGGGUAAAGGUCCCAGAGGGAUGUGGGUGGUGCUGUGGGUUAAACCACAGAGCCUAGGACUUGCCGAUCAGAAGGUCGGCGGUUUGAAUCCCCACGACGGGGUGAGCUCCCGUUGCUCGGUCCCUGCUCCUGCCAACCUAGCAGUUCAAAAGCACGUCAAAGUGCAAGUAGAUAAAUAGGUACCACUCUGGCAGGAAGGUAAAUGGCAUUUCUGUGCACUGCUCUGGUUCGCCAGAAGCGGCUUAGUCAUGCUGGCCACACCGUACGCCAGCUCCCUUGGCCAAUAAAGCGAGAUGAGCACCGCAACCCCAGAGUCGGCCACGACUGGACCUAAUGGUCAGGGGUCCCUUUACCUUUACCUUUAAAGGUUCCAGAAGUACAGAGCGCUGAAGUCAUUGGGGUAAUCCUGAAUGGCGAGUCAUGCAGGGUUAUUGACUGACAUUGUUUCUUAAAUGUGAAUUGUAUUCUCGUUAACUUUUCAAUAAUUCAAAAAUCCAAGCCAAGUGGUGGAGCUAAUCUGUUGGAUGGUGCAACAAAUUUUUGGUGGGGGUGUCCAUUUAUACCCUGCCUUUUUCCCUUAUGAAACUCAAGGCAGCUUGCAGAUACAAAUAAGAGAAGGUUAAAAACGUUAUAUAUAGCAUAAGAACAUUACAUACUACAAGCUAACGUUACCAACCUAUAAUACUGAUGCAGAGCUGAAAUACCCUUAUUAAAUAAUAAUUACCUGAAUCAGCAAGGCUUGGACACAUGCAAAAGGUUGCAUGCAUGCUCUCAAAUGGAAUUGGGGCAGAUGCUCUAAGAAAGGGAUAUUUAUGCUAUUCCAUUGAAGGAGAUGAUUCCCCCCCAAAAAACCUUCUCAAUUAUCAGAGAAAAGCUAGACUGCAUUCCACAAAAUAAUCCAGCUACAUGAAAUUGUUUGAUCAAUCACAUGCAAAAGUACAUACAUUCACCUUUGGUGGACGUGCCCAAGGAUUAAGGCUUUCUGGGAGAUGAUUUAUAAUGAACUAAAAAAGGUAUUUAAAUAUACCUUCUUGAAGAAACCAGAGGCCUUUCUCCUGGGCAUAGUCGGCCAAUCGGUGUUAAAAAAGGAUAGAACUUUCUUUAUGUAUGCUACAACAGCAGCAAGAAUACUUAUUGCAAAGCACUGGAAGACACAAGACUUACCCACACUGGAGGAAUGGCAGAUGAAAUUGAUGGACUAUAUGGACUUGGCGGAAAUGACUGGCAGAAUCCGUGACCAGGGAGAAGAGUCGGUGGAAGAAGAUUGGAAGAAAUUUAAAGACUAUUUACAGAAAUAUUGCAAAAUUAAUGAAUGUUAGAAUGAUGUUGGAUUGAAGUUAAGUGGUUUCUAGCUGUACAGGUACAAAAGAAUAUGGAAAAAUUGGUUUCUAAUAUGUAAAAAUUUAAUGUUAUAAUAUAUCAAGAUUAAGGAUUAGGAUUAAAAAGGAGGGAAAGGAAUUGUUGGAUUAACAAAUUGAAUUGGAAUACAAAAGAGGGAAGUAAGAGGAGGUCCGGGAAACAAGUAAAUGUAAAAGAAGUGAUGAAAAGAUGGAAUUGUUUUUAACUGUUUUUUCUUUUUUCUACUUUGUAUUUUUUCUUUUUAUUGUUAAUCUUUUUAUUAAUGUGAUUUUUCUGCUUUUGAAACUUUAAUAAAUAUUAUUAAAAAAAAAAAGUACAUACAUUAGAACUUCUGCAGCAAUUUUGAUCAGACGUAUACCCGGUGGCAAAUCUCAGUAGGACCUGAUUUUGCAAGGAAGAGAUCCAAGUCAACUCUCCCUUAUCUUAGAAGGGCCUGUUUCUAGGGAAUAGCUCUCUUCAUUUCCAACUUGGAUCCUCUAAUGCAGAGCUUUCCAAACUGUGUGUCACGACACAUUAGUGUGUCGGCUGCAGUGUGUAGGUGCGUUGCGCCAAUGUGCCCCACACUCCUCCUGGGGCUGGAAAGGGAACCGGCAACCCACCAGUUUGCUAGUGAAACUGAAAUUGGUGUGUCACAAAAAGGCGCAUGGCUAAAAAGUGUGCCACCAACAUGGAAAGUUUGGAAAGCUCUGCUCUAAUGUGUAGAAAAGCUGUAGGGAGAUGUGAAUUUCUAUGCCAAGAUUACAUGUCCAGCAGACUGAGGAAAAUUUGGAAAUGGAGGAGGAUGCCAAGAAAAUUGCAGCUCUGAAGCAUAGGAUAUGUUACUUAAAGAGUUGAGACAAUUAUAGAGAUCAUGCUAGAUUAGGGGUAGCUGAUAUCCAAGUCCUGCAGAAUCGGGUCGGUUAUGUAUCUUUGUCAACAUUCUUUUUCUUCCAUUCAGAUAAGACUUGUAAUGGUAUGCAUCUUCUUUUCAGGCAUACUCUUAUGCAGAGAGAAACUUCAGAAAUAUAA